AUGUCGAGCCCCAGACACACCGGCAAAGCAGUCGCUCUCGACGGGCACGUGAACGGAAAUGGCAGUGGCAGUGGCAGUGGCAGUGGCAAUCUGAACGGGAACGUGACUGCGGCUUCCCCCACCACACCACCCCUCGACGCUGGCAGUGGCAGUGGCAGCGGUAGUGGCAGUGGCAACAGCAGCAGCAGCCGGUCACGACACCAGCCCGCCAGCCCGCAAGCUCGGACGCGGAUGUACAGGCUGAUGACGAUGCGGCUGGAGCAGGACCGAACGUCGUGGGGCCGCUGCUGCAAGUGCGAGAACGGCGGCAAAAUCAUGAGCUGGCCACGGUGCAAGGUCUGCCGCCACCAUUGCUGCCAGAAGUGUGAUUAUCGGCUGGACCGCACCAGCGUCGACACCGACGCCCCCAUCGAACGGGGCUCCACGGCCUGGGACCGGUUCGAGAAGAUGAACGAAUUGUCCGGCGAGAUGUGUCUGGAGCUGGAGGCGCUCGAAUUUGUCGAGACGUUGACGCCUCCGCAGCGCGACGGCGUCGCCAGAGGGUGGGAGAUCAUCCGCUCGUUCAACCAGUGGCUUGAAGACAUGGAAGAUGGCGAGAGUGACGAGGAGAGACCGACCGAGGCGGCCUGA